CUUUGGAUAAACCCAGAUGCCUCCCCUCCCUCUUGACGAGCGCAUAGUGGUCAUUCAGCGCCCAAAAAACUUAACUCUGUGUGAGGCAUCUCCGCAAACGAUCCCACAACAUUCCUCACAGAUAUCGGCCUCCUCCAAUGGACAAGGCAUCCACCAUUCCCAUCUCCAUCCCUCUCAGUCCCGCUUCUAUCCUCCCUCCUGUAAAUCUCUGACUCUGGAAUGCAAGCGCAGAUCCUCCCGCGCACAGAAAGUCAAGGGCGACCAGCCUGUCACCCCAGCCGGGGUCAGACACAUCCCUAGCCACUGCCACAGCAAUGGCACAGUAACUCUCGGCCCACGGUUGCCCUCUCACACGCAUACUAUUGAUAUCAGAGUGACAUUGGACAAAGGAGGACGAGGAGCAGGAUUCAGCAACUCGUUAGGGCACAGUGGAAGUUUAAAAGGCGGCAGAGGGAAAUGUCUCCCUUCACAGACAGUUCAAGGACAGUGUGACAGAACUGGAGCUGCCGGGAAGUCAAGUGGGGCUGAACACAAGUUGCAGCGAAGUCGCCAUAGUCAGUUAUCAUGUUCUCCCGAGGGGGUCCUACAGUUUAUCCCUGCUCAGGCGCAGCAGCAGAAGUUCAGAAGUGAAAGGGAAAACGCGAGUUUCCUUAACAAAGGUGACCAGGAAGUUCCUUCUUUAGGUCACAAGAAGAAUUCCAAACUGGGAACUGUUCAUCGGAGCCAAAAUAGUCACACUCAGCCCCACCAAAACAACUCUGUCCCCGUGCCCCAUGCCUCCAUCCUAAACUCAAACUAUACCUCAACCCCUCCCCCUCAACCCACCCAUGUCCCCGUCUUGUUUCAGCAACUCACCCUGCCACACACACCACGCCCCAGGGAUCAACACACCCACAUUGUCCAUGGUCUCCCCCUCUCCCCCUGCUCCUCCCACGUUGGAGGGUUUCCCAGCCCCGACCACACCUGCACUAUCGACUGCACCCACCCGUUCAGCUGUGGCUGCUGGAGGUUGGUGAGAUGCAGAGGGUGUAAGGCGAAGCCUGCAAACUGCAAAGGUGGCGGCGGAAGCACUUCCACCUCGUUUUCCUGCGUUCACAAUGUUGGAGCAGUGAAGAGAGGAGGCAAAGACAUGGGCCUGAGAAAUCUAGGUGGGUGUCUCUCCACCGCCUCCACCUCCAACACCUCUUCCUCGAACAGCACUGUGUCCGACUGCCGAGCAAACCUGUUCAAACCUGUCCGCUGUGCUUCCUGUUCUGGUGAGACUGGAAACUUUGAGAGUCCCGCCAUUCUUCGUAAAAAACUGGUGGGGGGAUGCCUGCCUUGCACCCCACUGUCUUCAUCGGCCCCUCUUCGGGCAAUACAAAGCUGUGUCACCGGUUGCAACCCAAAAGCCUCCCAGACUGGUAGCUCCACCUGCAGCUACUGUAGCAGCGACCCAAUAGUGGUGACAUUCAACCCUCGCCGAGGCAAACCCCCUGGAAGGGGGGCAGCUCAUCCCAUGGGUAUGUACCAAGCCGAUGACGAUGACUACAGCGUCCGUACAAUCUGGCCCGAAGAGCUAGCCAAAAAGAUGACCCAUUCGAAGCCUUUAAAGAAUCACUGUGGUGGGAUGGGAGCAGGAGUCGGAGCUUGUGCAAGCCAAGUCCAGAACGGAAGUAAUGGAACAGGCCUCGCUGUCUUGGACUGUCAGAACCUCCAGGAUUACGCCGAGUCUCAGUUUACCGACCACGCAGGCCGACGGCGACUUCAACAGGGCAAAAUGGCCGCCCUCGAUUUCAUGGGCAGCAGGUCUGGCUAUGACGAAGGCCACAACUCGCUGAGGAGACUUUUGAGUAAAUCCGAAGAGGGCGGAAUGAGUGACGGUCUGCAGCAAGAUGGAGAUGUAGCAUAUCCUCAUUCGCCCUCCUCCCGCUCUGCCUCGCCACCAUCACCCGUAUCCUUCUCACCUCCACCAUCCGCUCCCACAACGCUCAUCAAACCCAAACCUUGGCAGAGGGACAGGGAGGGAGGACACACACUGCCAUCAGCUCACUCACUCCACCUGGCCCUGAACUCGCUGAACAGAGAGCAGGAUGAGGAGAACAGCAGAAUGCACCUUUCUCUUCCACUCUCCUCCUCUUUGCCUGCAUCUCUGUCCGAUGAGACUGUGAUGACCCCUGAUGCGGAGAACGCUGUGAUCAGUCCCAUCCUGCCUUUCCUGUUUCUUGGGAACGAGAGAGAUGCUCAAGACCUGGACCUGCUGCUACGCCUCAACAUCGGCUACGUGGUCAACGUGACCACGCACCUUCCCCUCUACCACGCCAAGUCUGGACUGCGCUACAAACGGCUGCCAGCCACUGACAACAGCAAGCAAAACCUUCGACAGUACUUUGAGGAGGUUUUUGAGUUUAUUGAGGAGGCAUAUCAGAGCGGACAGGGGGUGUUGAUACACUGCCAGGCAGGCGUGUCCCGUUCUGCAACCAUCGUCAUCGCCUACCUUAUGAAGCACACCCUCAUGACGAUGACAGAUGCCUACAAAUACGUGCGGAGCCGUCGUCCGGUGGUGUCACCGAAUCUAAACUUCAUGGGUCAACUUUUGGAGUUUGAGAGGGAUCUCAACUCCGGGGUGACACCUCGUAUCCUGAUGCCUAAGCUUAAUGGUGUGGAGACACAGCUCACGUCCAUAAACGCUGCCGUGUUUGUGUCUAGGAUGAAAGGAGACACCCCAGUGAACAGCACCAUGAGCGUCGGCCAGGCCAGGAAGCUGGUGGAGCAGCUGAAGAUCGAGGCGAGUUUCUGUAGGAUAAAGGUUUCAAAGGCAGCGGCCGACCUGAUGGCGUACUGCGACGCACACGCCUGUGACGACCCCCUCAUCACCCCCGUGCCCACCUCAGAGAACCCAUUCAGGGAGAAGAAGUUUUUCUGUGCUCUGCUUUGAGACAAAUCAGGGAUUGUUGUGAUUCUAAGUACAACUGUACAGUAUGUACAUGUAUGUACAGUGUGUACAUGUACUUCCAAUCAAAAUAAGACAUCAAUGUACUUUAGAAACCUUGCAUAAGCGCUGCCAGUGUACAGUACAUAAUCAACUCCAACAUGUCUUCAACUGAAUCCGCUGACAAAAAUAAGAUGGAAGUUCUGGAAACAAUAAUUAAAUUAAUAAAAACUAAGACCUAUGUACAAGCGCAGAAAAAUACAUGAUCAAAAACAGCUGUCGUCUCAUAACCAUCACAUGUAAUUGCCAAAAAAGGAAAACAUGCUGUGCAUCAAGUGUCUUAACAGUCACAGGCUCACACUCGUGUGGAUUCUGCAGCGUUUGAACCGCUUGGGCCGGACACUGAACUUCCACAUUGGGUCCAUGGAUUACGUUGGUGCUCUCACAUGCUGCUCUAAUAGGUCAUCGUUGUCCUUUGUUCCCAUAUUAAUGGUACACACAUUUAAGAUCCUGCAACUCAGAAGCCUGGGGAAAGCAGCAGGCCUAUGUUUAAAAAGACGAUGCGUACUAAUUGAUGGUUUCUAAGUUAUCCAACAUUCAAACUAACUUUUAGAGCCUCAACAUGUGUUUUCAUAUUCUGUAUUCUUUAUUAACAGGUGUUUCCUGUUUUGGCACUUACUCGUACUUACAAACAGCUGUUAUGAGUGAAUUAUAUACAUGGAAAUAGUUUCCUUUUAUUAAGAGUUUGCUCAUUCCUAUAUUGUUACUGUAGUCUGAGUGUGGAUGUGUGUAUGUGUAUGCAUAGGUGCUACUAUGAAAAUAACACCUCUGAGCAUCUGAUCAUUGUUCUAUCAAGGUUUUAUAGUUCAUCAGCAAACAGCACCACAAAACAUUCCAGGGGUCAUGGUCAGUCGGUAUAUACUAUAUAUAUAUAUAUAUAUAUAUAUAUAUAUAUAUAUAUAUAUAUACUAUAUAACAUAUACAAAAUCAGCAAUUCAGCUUUUAUGAGUCUGUCACAUGACGAUUUUCUAUUUAUUUAUUGCAAAAAAUAAACAGAGCAGUUGAAAAACACUUUUACAGACAGGUGUAUAUGAUCAUUUAAACUGACCAGGUUUGAGGUUCUCCAGAGGAGAGUGGUCCUACAACUGUUUCCCAAAUAUCGCCGCUUAUUUCAUUAAGCAAAGGUUGAUUAGAAUAACUUCAAAGGCUUCACUUACGCCACCAGUAAAGGCAGGAGUUCAUCUCUCAUUUAUGUCACAGAACAGGAAACUGCUUCUUCUUGCACAUCUGAUAUGAUGAACCUUUUGGGAGGCUCUACUCUUGACAAUUCAAUAAUUACCCAAUGCAAGUGUCACAAAGAUCAAAUCUGAAGAAAAGGUAACCGUGGAAUAUGAAGCACUACAAUAAAACUUCCUGUCAUCAUUG